UGGUGAUCUUCAUCAUCAUCAUUAUCAACAAUCACAACAUUUUGGUCAUUAUCAGCAACAAUAUCAACAAUAUUUGACAUUACCAACGAAUUAUCCAUAUAGUGGCCACCAAAAUCAUCAUUAUCACCAGCAGCAGCAACAUUGUCCUUCGAGUCAUUGUCAUCAUCGAUUAUUAAAUUGUGAGAAAGAUAUCUUCAACAACAAUCGAUAUAUGAUGGCAAACAAUGAUGAUGAUGAUUAUUCCAUGAUGGAUGUUUCUGGAGAUAAUAGUGGUAGUGGUGAAGAUAUCAAUGAUCAUAACCAUGAAAAUAUUGAAUCUUUUAUUAGUCACCAUCAUCAUCAAGAAUCGAAUCAAAUGAUAAUUCCAAUAAUCGAUAAUGAUUGUCGUAGUAGUGGUGGUGAUGGCGGUACUUGUGGUGGUUGUAAUCAUCGCCAUCCUCAUGAUCAGGAUCAAGGAGCCAUUAAUAAAUAUCAACGACGCCAACCAAUUAACACUGGUAAUACUAUGAAUACCACUACUACUACAACAACAACAACAACUAGAUGUAUUACAAAUGAUGAUAAUGGUAUUAGUAGAAGUAGUAGUAAUAGUAAUAGUAAUAGUGGUUGGUGGUGGUAA